UUUUUUGUUGCUUGUGAAACUGACUUAUCAUUUUGACAUUAAAUAACAUUGCCUUUUAAUUUUUCAACGAUUAUUUUUAAAAGAUACAAAAAUGGAUUUGCUUGGUUCAAUAAUGAAUGCCAUGGAUAAACCGCCAAGUUUAAGUGAGGCCGAGAAAAACCUGAUAAAAAAGAGGAAGGCAGAAAUAGAAAAACGACAAAAAUUGGAGAAAGAGAAACUAAAACGAUUUAAAGAACGAGUUGAAGGCAAACUGGACAGCUAUUUUAAAGAUCAUAAAAAUGUAAUGCUAAAAUUCGAUACAAUGGAUCAGAUUUGUCGCAGUAUUGUGCAUGAAUCUGCUGAAAGUAAAGGUUUACUUUCAUAUGCAUUUGGAAUUGAUGGUGUUGACAGAUAUAUUAGAAUUUAUAGGAAAGAAAAUCCUCCAUCGCCAGAUGAAAUUGCAGCUAGAAAAAGGGGGGAACCCUGGAAUGAACAGAUUCAACAACAAUUAUUUGAAAAAAGGGAAAAAGAUAAGUUAAUGGAAGAGGAAUACUCAAAAGGCAAGAAAGAAAAAUUUGUGCCUAACUCUAAUUAUAAGGACAAAUACGCACAUUUAAUAGGGCAAGAUGCUGCUUUAGAUGCAGCUAAAAAGACUGAAACUAACAAAACUUACGGCUUUGUUCCUAGUGAAAAUAAGAAAGAUAGCCGGUCCAUAGAACAAACAAUGGCGGAUAUUCGCGCCAAAAAACGACAAAAACUUGCACACGAUAAAGAAGAAACUGAAUAAAUUUAAGCAAUACUUAGUAGUACAUUUUAAGUAUUAAUUAUUUAUAGAUUAUUAUAACCGAUAAUAAUAGUAUUACACGCGU